CUGCGCAGGCGCAGUAGCAGGCACAGCUCCGGGCCGGGCAGCUGAGGGAGGGAGGAGUCGGGCCUAGCGCCGCCGGUGGACGAUGAGUGCGGCGGGCCCGGGCGCUCGCCGCCGGGCACGAGUGUCGCGCCUAGUCUCGUUCAGCGCAAGCCAUCGGCUGCACUGCAAAUCUCUGAGUAAUGAAGAAAACUUGAAACUCUUUGGGAAAUGCAAUAAUCCACAUGGUCAUGGGCACAAUUAUAAAGUGGUGGUGACAGUACACGGAGAGAUUGAUCCUGUUACAGGGAUGGUUAUGAAUUUGACCGACCUAAAAAAAUACAUGGAGGAGGCGAUUAUGAAGCCCCUAGAUCACAAGAACCUGGAUCUAGAUGUGCCGUACUUCGCAGAUGUUGUAAGCACGACAGAAAAUGUAGCUGUAUAUAUCUGGGAAAACCUCCAGAAAUUUCUUCCCCCGGGAGUUCUUUAUAAAGUAAAAGUAUAUGAAACCGACAGUAAUAUUGUAGUCUAUAAAGGAGAGUAAUAGUUCUUAGGGAUUAACAUUGUCAAAAGACUAGUUUCUUUUCAUAUUUGAAAAAAAUCUGUGUCCCCUUACAAUAUGAAGCAAUCACCGCAUAAUCUUUGUACCCGUACAUUGUGUUAUGGAGUGCCUGGUUUAUUGAAAUCAUUGUAAGCCCUGUUAUACAUUUAUUUGUUUUAAAAUCAAAUGUAUCUUGAAUUUUUUUAAAUGGUGCUGGAGAUCAAAUCCAGGGCCUCACAUGUCCUGCCCCUGAGCUGUAUGCCAGUCCCUUGGAAUAUAACUUGGAGUAUCUUUCAUCUGUAGAUUAGAAGUCAUUUUCAGCAAAAUAUUUUGGUAUGGACUUAUUUUGGAAACAAAUCUAUUUUUUUGUAUUUGUUACCUCAUUUUCAGUAUUCAUAUUUUUGGUAUAAUGUAAAUGGUAAAAAUGUUUAUGCAGUAUACUGUACGAGAAUCUUAUAAAAAUAAAAUUUGGAUGACCACAAAA